AUGCCAAGAGUGUUAUCCACUGCAGCUAACUUCAGCACCUUGUUUUUCGUCUUUGUUUUACCCUCCUUUCUUGCCGUACUUCCACCCCCCACCCCCCCCUCCCUCCCUCCCUCCCCCCUUGCUAACGUCUCAUCCUGCACAAACACACGUGGAUGUUUACCUACGCCAGCCACCAACAACAAUAACAUGGCAAGCGGACUCAUGUACGACGGCUGCAAUUUCUUCAGACAGCGGCUGGUUCUGUCGACGCUUAGCGGGAAGAAUGUUAAGAUAAAAAACAUCCGCUCCAGAGACGACGAGCCGGGGCUCCGUGAUUUUGAAGCCAGCUUCAUCAGACUUCUCGACAAAGUGACCAAUGGCUCCAGAAUAGAGAUUAAUCAAACUGGUACUGUGUUAUUCUACCAGCCUGGCCUGCUGUAUGGAGGCUCGGUAGAACAUGACUGUAACCCACAGCGUUCAGUAGGAUACUAUCUGGAAGCUUUGCUCAUGUUGGCUCCUUUUAUGAAGACUCCUUUGAAGGCAACUCUGAGGGGCGUGACAAAUGACCCCACCGAUCCAACGGUCGACCUGUUGAAGUCCACAGCUGUCCCUCUGAUGAAGAAGUUUGGAAUCGAUGGAGAGGCCUUUGAUCUAAAGGUGGUGAAGAGGGGGAUGGCGCCUGGUGGGGGAGGAGAAGUAGUCUUCACAUGUCCAGUCCACAAAACCAUCAGGCCAGUUCAGCUGACCGAGCCAGGGAAGAUUAAGAGAAUCAGAGGAGUGGCAUAUUCAGUCCGAGUUUCUCCCCAGAUGGGAAACAGGAUCGUGGAGUCAGCCAGGAGCAUUCUGAACCAGUUCCUCCCUGACAUUUACAUCUACACAGACCACAUGAAAGGAGCCAACUCUGGCAAGUCUCCAGGUUUUGGUCUAACGCUGGUGGCAGAAACACUGAACGGUUGCUUCCUCAGUGCAGAGAUGUCAUCCACGCCACAGGGGCAAGGAGACCCUGUCCUGCCAGAAGACCUUGGGAGAAAUUGUGCCAAAUUGCUCUUGGAAGAGGUGUACCGGGGCGGCUGUGUGGAUUCAUCCAAUCAGAGUCUAGCGCUGCUCCUGAUGACCCUUGGCCAACAGGACGUGUCAAAAGUCCUGCUCGGCCCUCUGUCACCAUACACGAUGGAGUUCUUGAGGCACAUCAGGGAUUUCUUCCAAAUUAUGUUCAAGAUUGAGGUCCAGAAGCCUUUAGACGAUGAACGGAAAGGUGGAGAUAAAGUUUUGAUGACCUGUGUCGGGGUCGGCUAUAGUAAUAUAAGCAAAACUGUUAAAUAAAAUCAGUUUUUUGUAGAAA